CUAUUUCUAUCUGAACCAAAUUGUAAUCUUUUUUCCCUCUUUCGGUAGCUACUUCGUCACAGAAUAAAAACUGGAUGUGAGUUGUGCAUUGGGAAGUGAUUGAUGUGUGCUUGUGCAGCUCGUAGCACUAUGAAAGACACAGGUGCAGCUGCUGAUGAUGUUUGCUAGAAGUAGAUUGAAAAAGCAAGAAAAUGAAAUUGCACUUCUGCAGAGAAAACCUGUUGUAAAACUGUGGGCCAGGAAGCAACUCCGGAAGCAAAGACUCCAGCUGUUUCUACGGGACAAAAUGAAGAGGCUUCUUCAAGGCCAAGCAGAUGAGAAUCCAAACCAUGCUCACCACUGCCAGCUCUCUCCAGUAGAGAUCGAAACGGACAUGUUUGUUUGUGGAAUGAAGAGGAGCUCUGCAAGCACUGAGUUUUCCACUGCUGGAGGUGACUUCCAUCAGGAUGGACAACACGAAACCAAGGGCGUGAGUGAAGUGUGUGUUGGUGAGGUGGAACUGAACUGGGAUGGCUAUGUAAAAAUACCAUGCUCGCUUCAACAGAACAAGAAGGACUCGGAAGGAAAUUCUACUGGUGGUGUGACACAGACCUCCUCUGAAAGAAAGAGUAGAGUAUCUGAGGGGCAGGACCUUUCUUCUCUGAGCAUAACAAUGAGCUGGAGGGAGAGAGCUGAAAGGCAAGGGUGCUUUCCCCAGGAGAAGCCUGCUGCAUACAAGAGUCACAGACGGCAAUCAAGAGAUCGCUCGGCAGAUGUGGUUGAUUAUAUCGUUAAAGAGCUUCAGGGAAUAAGUCGCAUCCAGACGGAGAUUGCAGAGCUCCGAGAGCACCUCACUUUGAUAAAAGGCUCUGUGGAUGAAGUCUCAAGCUGCGUGGAUACUGUCUUGAGUGAGAUAGAAGGCCUGCAGGGUGGUUCCACUGCCAAAACCUCAGGUACACAUGCUCGGGAGCCAAAUAAGGAGGUACAUAAGGAAGAACCAGUGUUAUAUUUUUAUGGGAUUCCAGAAAAAGAUGGUGAAAACACAGUAGAGCUUAUCUGCAGCUUCUUAUCUGAGUAUCACUGUUUCAAUGGUAUCCAGUGCAGUAAGUAUAUAAAAGAUGCUUACAGAUCAGAUAUUGGAAUAGGCAAGUCAUUAACACCAAGACCAGCAGUUGUGAAACUUGUCAGUUGUGAACAGAGAGACUUUAUUUUACAGAAGUCUAUUAUUCUGCAAAGCUCAGGGGUCCGGAUCACUACCAGUGAAGAGCAAAAGAGGCAAAGUGGCCAGAGAGGCCACAAGGCAGAUUCAGUCUCUUUGCAGUCUGGGUUGAAGAAAAAUAAUUGCAAUUCAGUGAAUCUUGAUGCAUCGCAGAGAGCUGAUGCAGCUGAGCACCUUCAGACUGACUCAUGCCAAGUUAAGAAUAAAAGCACAAGUAGAAAAACACAGUGUGUAGGGGAGAAAUUUGAUUCUGUGCAGAAGUCAACUCUGAGUAAGAAAAGCAACUCAAUAUCUGAAGCUGGGAAGGAAGCAAAAACAAUAAGCUGCAAUGAACAGCCUUCAUAUGAAGCUGACUUUCAUAAGGCUCUUCAUGAAACUCCAAAAAGCUCUCCAGAGAUGACCAGUUUGGCCAAACCAAAUGAUGGAAAUUUUUGCUGCUCAUCCGAGUCUUUGGGCCGUGCAAGUCAGGUGUGUGCUCCAAGCAGUGGAAGUGAGCACAAGCAUGAUGCUGAGAGCGUCACUGAGAAUGGUUCUUCCCUUCUAGGUAAAGAUGAAAAUAUAACUGCAGAAAAAACUGAAAUAGACUAUGAUACCCCAUGCAAAUUUACCAAUGUGGAGAAAGGUGAUACUCAAAGAGAAGACGUUUCUAGUGGAGUGACAACCAUUAGCUAUGAUCGUACAACGGAUGAGCUGGCUGAUAGUAGUGACAGCUUGAAAGAUAUGAUCCAAAUGGAUCUGAAUGAUCAAGAUCCGACCGAUCAGGUCUUUAGGGAUGUCCUGGAAAAUUCCCAGUAUUUUCUUGAUCAUUCCCGGGAUAACAUUGAUCUUGUAGACAUGAAGUUUUAUACUAAUAAGCUUGGGAAAGCCAUUAACCACUUCAGGUCUGCUCUGCAAGUGGUGUUUCACAAACUGGAGACAAGCGAUUCUGAAAUGCUUUUGGAAAAUGAUAGUGGCUUACAGAUGGAUGAUGACAAUACACUUAUGCUGACCAGUUCAGGUAUGUGCGGCAGCUCUGACAACUUUGCAGAAACCCCUCCAAGUCAGUCCUCUGAAAGCCAAGCGAACACAACUGCCAACAGUGAAGCGUCUGCUCAAAUGCAAUUUGUUCCUUCCAGUCUUUCCUCUGUUGCAUACGAGCCUCCUGCUUCACAUUUGAUGCCAUCAUCUGACUGUGAAAUUCCUGUUGGGCAGCGUUCACCUCCUGGUGAAAGUGGAAUAGAUGUGAACUCUCUACCUGAGCAAGCAAAAGAGUGCAGACCCAUGAGCCUUGACAAGGUGUGCGCAGAGACCAUCUACCUGAACAAGUGCAUCAACAACUUCAAAAAUGUACUGAGGGAAAAGAGACAAAUGCGUAGGAGACUCAUAAAAGAAUUAGCACAGGAAGGAAACUGGAUUUCUGCUGAGGAGACAAAUUCAGGUAAACAAAAAAAACGUUUUAAGGAGAUGUCCAUAUCUGGUAUUUGUGUAGCCAGUAACCAAUAUCUCGCUCUGCAGGUGAACAACCGUAGAAAUUAGGAGACAGUUAUGAAGGCAAGUGCAUGCAGUAUACAACAGUAUUAACAAAAUAACAAUCCCCCCCCCCAAAAAAAAAACAACCCAGCCCUAAAAUUGAUUGUACAACACAUUGGAAUGCAAAUUAGUAAGCUUAAAGUGAGUUGUGG